UAGUGGCUGUCAUUCGGCCAAGUGAUAAGACGUUUUUUUUGUUAUUUUUAAACUAGAAAUGUUAUUGUUGAAUUAUUUUAUUUGAUAUAAAAUACUGACGAGUAUAAAUAAUGUGGUCGCUGUUCUCCCGAGAUCCUACUAAGGAUUUUCCCUACGAAAUUGGAGAAGUUGUCGAUGGAUUUGAUGGUAAAAGUAUUUGGGCCCUUUAUAGAGCCAAAAAAAAGGGCACUUCUGGUGGGGAUGACGUAUCUGUAUUUGUUUUUGACAUAAAAGCUGGUGGAGAAGUCCAGCUAGAGAUCGCAAGGAAUGCAGUUAAAAGAUUGAAAACUCUCAGACAUCCAAGUAUUCUUACUUAUGUCGAUAGCCUUGAGACGGACAAAGUUAUUUACUUGGCGACUGAGAGAGUGGAACCGCUGCACAGUAGAUUGCUACGAAAAAUCGACAUCGGCGAAGGUGUCAAAAAAGACUUGUACUUUUCAUGGGGAAUAUUUCAAAUAACUAGAGCUUUGAGUUUUUUAAAUAAUGACGGUAAUUUGAGACACAACAAUGUAAAUUUAUAUUCUGUUUUUGUAAAUGAAGAGAGCGGCGAAUGGAAAUUAGGAUGUGUCGAGUACAUGACAACUGUUGAUGCGCCAUAUAUGUUACUGCCACAUGAGUUACAAAGUUAUAGUCCCCCGGAAGUACGUGAGAACUCAAAACCAACGAGCAAAUGCUCAAUCGAUAUGUGGGGUCUUGGCUGUCUUAUCUGGGAGGCAUUCAAUGGACCACUAGGACAGAGAGCUAAUCUCAAAAGCAUUGAACAGAUACCAAAGCAGCUGCUGACUGUGUACAAAGAAUUGACAAGCUUAAAUCCUGAUGGGCGACCUAAUCCAGCUGAUGUGAUAGCACGUUGUCGUAGCAACAGCGGGUUCUUCAAAAAUGAUUUGGUCGACGCGCUGUUGUUCCUUGAAGAAAUUCAAAUGAAAGAGAAAGGAGAGAAGGGAAGAUUUUUUUCACAACUCGCGAGUCAACUGGAUAGUUUUCCAGAAGGUGUUGGCAGAUAUAAAAUCCUACCGCAAUUGCUGGCAGCCUUCGAAUUUGGAGAUGCGGGCAGCGCAGUUUUACCUCCGUUGCUGCAACUGGGUAAUCAACUACCAGAUGCCGAAUAUCAAAAACGUGUUGUUCCGUGUGUUGUUAAAUUAUUUGCAUCUAAUGAUCGUGCUACCAGAUUACGGCUUUUGCAGCAACUCGAUCGAUUCGUUAGUCACCUCCAACCCGCUACUGUCAACGACGCUAUCUUUCCUCAGGUAGCUCGCGGUUUCUUGGAUACCAAUCCAGCUGUAAGAGAACAAACGAUUAAAUCAGUGGUACAUUUGGCGCCAAAGCUUGAUUACAACAAUCUUAAUGUUGAGGUGUUGAGGUAUUUUGCAAAACUUCAAUCAACUGACGAACAAGGUGGAAUAAGAACCAACACUACCGUUUGUUUAGGCAAAAUAGCUCAGCAUCUUCAUCCUCAGAUUCGUCAAAAGGUACUGAUAGGGGCAUUUAUUCGAGGAACUCGUGAUCCCUUUCCUCCAGCGCGAAGUGCCAGCGUAUCAGCGCUAGCAAUCACCCAACAGUAUUAUUUACUGCAGGAAGUUGCUAAUCGUAUUUUACCAGCUUUGUGUACUCUUACUACUGAUGCUGACAAGACAGUACGUGACACGGCAUUCAGAACGAUACGUGGAUUUUUAUUCAAGCUUGAAAAAGUCUCCGAAGAUCCGGGACUACGAGAAACUAUGGAGGCUGAUGUCAAUACUGCAACGCCAAGUCUGAGUAAUGCAGCAGCGACGUGGGCCGGCUGGGCUGUCACGACAGUGACUGCUAAAUUUUACCGAAGUCAAUCAGAUACACCAAAGUCUUCCAAUUCUCAAUCUACAUCUCGUAUUUUACUUAACAAACCAGCAUCUCUAGAACAAGCAAGUAGUUCACAAAGCAGCGCAAGUACGACAGCAACAACGAGUAGCGCAACGAGUAUGACAUCACUGGAUCAUGAGCACGAUUCGCAAAACACCGGCAACACACAAUCCGACUGCGACUGGGAUUGGGAAGCCGACAACUGGGGAGACAUGGAGCAGCAACCCUCGUCAACAACCACCACAACCGCAAGUACUGUGACACCAUCAGCUAAUACAUCUAAACCAAAUGACCACUGGACAAGUUUAGAAGAAGAACCGGAGCUUGAAGCUGCUGAGAAUCUUGCUGAUAAAAAUGAUCUCUCUGAAUCCGGUUGGGAUGACCAAGAAUUCCAAGUACUUGAAGAUUUUCAGACAAUUGACCAACCAGAAGUUGCUGGUACGAAUAAUAAAUUUGACGAGGCACGAAAAAAACGCGAGGAACGAAAACUUGCGCGACAAAAACAAAUGGAAGCUAAAAGAGCCACUAAAUUACGAAGCACUGCUCCGGCUAAGAAAGUUUAAUUAAUUUUUUUUAAGUAAUUAACCUUACUCAUAAUUAAUUAUUGUAUUAUAAAACUCGAAAUUAGUAAAUCAAUAAUAAUAAAAAUAAAAAUUUACACAUAU